AUGGCAACGGGGAGUAAUUGCGAAGCAAUUUUGAAUUGGCAUCCAGAGAUGAUACUCGUCUCAAAAUCGCCCGUCACUUGGAAAGGCUUUCUGAGUGUCUCGCAUUUGACAUACGCUGCUCACGAGACCCAGUCUAGAGUGAAACUGAAACUAGUUAUGCACAAUUAUCCAUCAUUCGACAAUGCGCAGAUCAGCUUUGGCAGACACAUUGCUUUCCUGCGUAACAUAAAAUUCAGCGAGAAAGUAAAGGAGUUGAUGCAGUCUGCACAAACAGUACGGUCAUUCUUGACACAGUUACAAUUGCUCAUUGGUAAAUAUAUGGAUAAUACAGAUAGUAAGAUUUGUAUGAUCAACCUUGAAUCUACAAAAGAUUUUCUACAAGAUGUGAAAGCAGCUCUUCAAAAUCCAUCUGAUGUGCAACUGUCAAGCGAUCGGAAUCUGACUACUAUCAAAUUAUCCUUAAGAGGAAUGUCUCUUACGUUGCAAAGAUGUAACAAUGUUAGAAUUCCCUGGAAAGUAGUAUCUUCUGACAUGCCCGCUAUCCCAACGUUUGAAGGCUUUGAGAGGAAUGUAACUAAUUUGAGCGUUGUGAUGACAAAGUUCAAAUGGCAAGUGGAAUUAUUGGAAAGAGCAUGGGAACAAUUAAAAGAAAUUGAUGAGAAUUGUUGGGUAAUUGAUCCACCAGAACCAAACAAAAGUCACAUGUACAGACGCAUUCAUUUGUCGCAAUCUAUAUCUGUGACAAUUACAAUAGAUCCGCUGCGUCCUACUGCUUUGCCGACAAUUAAAUUCUCAGGCAGUGACAACGAAGUGAAAAGACAGAGGGAUGAGGUUUCCAAUAAUAUUCACAAUUGGAAUCCGGAUUGUACUGUUUUAGAAAAUCUAAGGAUGUUGUUAAAUAUGUAUGAAUUUCCCGAGCAGCAAGACAGCUUGGAUGAUUCGAUAGGCAUGAUCGGUAAUCGGGAGUGUGGUAUAUGCUUUUCUGAAAGAUCAGAGACCGAUGAAUUGCCGAAUAAGAUAUGCAAUAACGAGAGAUGCAUGAAACAUUUCCAUUCAGAAUGUUUA